GAUCCCAUUCCGAGUUUUGCACUCCUUCACGGCUUAACCGCGUCCAGUUGUUACUGUAUUAUUUUUGUAACAGCAUUCUCAGUGUUUCACGCUGGAAAUCCAAGCGAAGUAUUUCGACGAGUAGUGAGUAGAGGGCUCACUUUUUUUAAGUUACGUAAACGGAAGUUCCUCGUUUUUGACUCGCAGGCGCUAGGACUUUACAAUUCCCAGGAGCGAGAAUGGAUGUUUAUCGUCAAAACCAACGCUACGAGCCACUUCGUGCCUCGAUGGCAGCUCCUGAUCCAGAAAUGCUUCGUGCUAUUCACCAAAUCUCAGAAGUCCUCGGCAGCUACGAACGCUCCAAGAUUCUCUACUUGUGCGAGAUUUCGGACACAGACAAUACAGCCGCGCAUAUAAAGGAGUCUCUCAAGGCCAAAGUCAGGAGCUACGACAAAGGGCGUCUGUUUUUGGCUGAGCUCAUGCUACAUUUGGGGAGAUAUGACAUCCUCAGGCAGGUGUUUGGGUUCAGCCGGGACGAUGUGGAGAGAGCUUUGAGAUCCGAGCAGGUUCUACCCAGAUUCAGAGUUCUGAUGGCUCACAUCAGCGAGGACAUGGCCAAGGAUGAUGUGAGCAGUGUGAAGUUUCUGCUGGGUCACAUGCUACCCCGUGAGAAAAUGGAAACUGCCAAGGAUUUCCUGGACUUGGUUGUCGAACUCGAGCACGUGGGCAAGGUUUCCCCUACAAGGGUGGACCUUUUGGAGGAAUGUUUAAUGGACAUCGGCAGGGUAGACCUGGCCAAAAAGCUCAAGGUGUACAAGAUGUCAGUCAAUGCGCCAGCAGUACCCGAGGAAGUGGUACGUCACCCUUGCCAGAUGAUGGCGCACGCAUUUAAGUCACUGCACUUCAAUGUGACCCUGCAUAAAUGGCUAAACCUGGUCGAGACUGUCUCAACGCUCAGAAAAGUCUUCCAAAGGAGUCCGGACCGCAGCGGCGACGGCUUCGUCUGCUGCAUCAUCAGCCGGGCGAUCGACAAUCGCCUCCAGGCCACGGACACGAACUGCGAAGGCCUCCGUCUGGAAGAUGUCCGCCGCUUUUUCAACGGCGACGCCUGUCCGGCGCUGGUCGGCAAGCCAAAACUGUUCUUCAUCCAGAGCUACACUGUGUCAGAGUUCCAACCCUGUGCUGUAGAGAACCGCUGGGAUGACGGCUGGGAGACGGACGGUGGCGCCGGUCAGCUGAGACCCGAUUGUCUCCCGUCAGAUGCGGACGUGCUCUGGAGUCACUGCUCGACCGCAGAGCAUCAACUGCAGCGAGGCCGACACCGUUCCGUUUACCUCAAGGCUUUGACGGACGCCUUGGGGAGAAGCCAGGGAAGGAGCCGACAUCUGGUCGAUCUUCACAUGGAGGUGAACGGUGCAAUAUUGGAGCACAACAGCCGGCAUCGUGAGGAUCAGUACCACAUUGACCUCAAAAACACUUUGGGAAAAGACCUUUACUUAUAGUUGUCUGACGACUUGCCUGUUUUUUAAUAGCUGUCAGUAUUUGGACUUCAAUUCACUUACUAUACUACUGUAUUCAGAUAAGCUUUUUUACAUUGUAUCUUGUAUGUUUUAUAUCUACCACGUGUAUUUACCUUGAAGUGUUUGCA